CCUUUCAACUUUCAAAACCAAGGACUCAUGUUUUCUAACUAAUCUGUUGGAUUAUGAAUUUUUUUUAUUACUAUUGUGAUUGUGACACAAAUCUCAGCAGUAUACCGACACUGAAAACCAGAGAAAAGAAAAGCACCUUUUUUCCGCCAUUAUUGGCCCUUCUUGAAACUUGGUCAUCAAUUGCGAUGAAGGACUCAACAUCUUGACACCACCCCAUUUCCUAAUUGAUUUGGAUUAGUCGUGUUGGACCUGGAUGCUGCUGCUAAUACAGUUGAUCCACAAAUGAGAUUCCGCAUUGCAUUGUUUCUCUUUUUGGCUUCUCUUCAAGCCACUUUAAGUCAAGAUAUUGAACAUGGUUCACUUCUAGUAGAUGGAGCUCAGACUAAGGCUGAAACAGGUGAUAACUUUAUUUGUGCCACUAUUGAUUGGUGGCCUCAUGAUAAGUGUGACUAUAACCAUUGCCCUUGGGGAUAUUCUUCUGUUGUAAAUUUGGACUUGUCUCAUCCUUUCCUAGCCAAGGCAAUCCAAGCCCUCAAGCCAUUGAGGAUAAGACUUGGAGGUUCUUUGCAAGACCGGGUGCUGUAUGAUGUAGGAAGUUUGAAGUCUCCUUGCCAUCCCCUUCAAAGUGUUAAAGGUGAAUUGUUUGGAUUUUCAAAAGGAUGUUUACACAUGAAAAGGUGGGAUGAGCUGAAUCAGUUUUUCAACGAGACAGGGGCCAUUGUGACAUUUGGCUUGAAUUUACUCCAUGGGAAGCACCAGAUUAGUCAUAAUGUUUGGGAAGGCGCCUGGGACCCUACAAAUGCUUAUAAUUUUAUAGAGUACACUAUUUCAAAGGGAUACAAGAUUGAUUCAUGGGAACUUGGUAAUGAGUUGAGUGGUAAGGGCAUUGGUGCAAGUGUUGGUGUUGCACAAUAUGGGAAAGACUUGAUAAAGCUUAAACAAAUUCUAAGCACAUUAUACGAGAACUCCAAUUUCAAGCCUUCACUUGUGGCACCUGGGGGAUUUUAUGAAAAGCAUUGGUAUGACAGGCUUCUUCAGGUUUCGGGUUCAGGCAUAAUCAAUGUUCUGACUCAUCAUAUAUAUAAUUUGGGCCCAGGUAGUGACGAGCAUCUUGAAAGGAAGAUUCUAGAUCCUGAACGCUUGAGCAGGGUGGAAUCAAUUUUCAGCAAUCUUUCAGAAACCAUUCAAAAAUAUGGUCCUUGGUGUUCUGCAUGGGUUGGAGAAGCUGGAGGGGCAUUCAACAGUGGUGGCAAUGAUGUUUCUAACAGAUUUCUAAACAGCUUUUGGUACUUAGAUCAACUUGGAAUGGCAUCCAGCUACAGCACUAAAGUCUAUUGCAGGCAGACUUUAAUUGGAGGAAACUAUGGCCUUCUCAAUACCACCACCUUUGCUCCCAAUCCUGACUACUACAGUGCACUUUUGUGGCAUCAGUUAAUGGGGAAGAAGGUUCUUGCAGUUUCAAGUGAUGUUUCUUCACCCUUUUUACGCACUUAUGCCCAUUGUGCAAAGGACAGAGCAGGUGUAACGUUACUUCUGAUCAACCUAAGCAAUCAGACUGAUUUCAUACUCACUGUUCGAAACCCGGUGACUGCAAGUGUUGUAGAAAAUGAAGUGGCCACAGGCACCCAUAAGGAAAGUUCAUUCUUUGAUAAACUCAAGAAAACAUUUUCUUGGGUUGGAACAAAAGGGUCAGAGGUCACAUUCAGAGAAGAGUACCACUUGACUCCAAAAGAUGGUUACCUCAGAAGCCAAACCAUGGUGCUGAAUGGCAUUCCAUUGGAGUUAACAGACGAAGGAGAUCUUCCACGGUUGGAUCCAGUGCGCAAUAACUUGCGAUCUCCAAUAUACAUGACUCCUUUGUCCAUUGCAUUUGUUGUAUACCCUAACUUUGAUGCUCCAGCUUGUGCUACUCACAGAAAACUUUAGUCUAAGGUUUCUAUAAUAAACCAAGUAACUUAGGCACUAGGUGGAAUGCAAUUGCAAGCUCAUGGUAAUUGUAAGUAGUGAGCUAUUGUUGUCUUCACAAGAAAGUUUCAACCUUUGCAAUAAUUUGAUAUUGAAGAAGCAUGCAAGUUGUAUCAUCUAAUUGUGAGUAAAUUGUUUGAUCCAAUUCAGUUUUUGAGUUCCAUGAAAGUGAUUUUGUUUCACUCUUCAGUAGCCAAUGCCAUCGAUUAAUUUCAUUUGUAAUUGCACACAUGUAAAUUUUCACCAGUUUCAAAUUAUAAUGAAGAGAUUGAGUUAAAUAUA